AUGAAUCGCAAAGAAAAGGUCAAAGUUGACGAAAGCGAACCUAGUUAUCAGGAAGAUGUGCCGUUUGAGAGACGCGAUGUUGUUGUCAAGAAAGACAGAUGGGUUACAGAUUUGUAUGCUGUGGAUUCAUUACUGGGACGGGGUAAGUUCGGAGAGGUGAAAAAGUGUCGAGAACGGCGGACCGGCAGACAACUUGCAGCUAAAUUUAUUGAAGUGACGGGACCGCAAGACAGGACUGACAUCAUCAAUGAAUUGGAGAUCAUGAAGCACUUGCAACACCCUAGGCUGCUCCAGCUCUAUGAUGCCUUUGAGAACAGGGACCGAUUUUGCCUGGUGUUGGAACUGGUCAGUGGUGGCGAGCUGUUUGAGAGGGUCAUCAAUGAUGACUUCAUCCUAACAGAGAAAGCUUGUGUGAUGUUUAUGAGGCAGAUCUGCGAUGGGGUGGCUUUUAUGCAUUCGGAGAACAUCUUACAUUUGGACAUGAAGCCUGAAAAUAUCCUGUGUCUGACCCGCGAAGGCAACCGUAUCAAGAUUAUCGACUUCGGCCUGGCCAGGAAGUACAACCCCAAGGAUGACCUCCGAGUUCUGUUUGGAACACCAGAGUUCGUGGCACCGGAAGUGGUGAACUUUGACCCGAUUUGUCCAGCCACGGAUAUGUGGAGUGUCGGCGUUAUCUGCUAUGUGUUAUUGUCCGGAUUAUCGCCCUUUAUGGGGGAAACGGAAGCGGAAACACUGUCUAACGUCACCAUGGCUAGAUGGGACUUCAACGCCGAAGAGUUUGAGAAUAUUUCUGCAGAGGCCAAAGAUUUUAUUUCCAAGCUGUUGGUCAAAGAUCCCAGAAAACGGUUGUCCUCAUCUCUUUGCUUGGAUCACCAGUGGCUCAGGCGGUCGACGAAAAGAGAGAGCAGACUUCCCGAACGCUCCUUGUCCAAGAAAAGGCUCAGAAAGUUUGUCUACCGACGGAAGUGGCAGAAAGCAAUCAAUGCGAUGCUGGCACUUCGUCGGAUGGGAGUGUCUUUAUGUUAG